AUGGUCAAAUGCGUCUUAUUGCGGGAUGGGCUGGAGCCAGACGGAGCACAGGACUUCUUCGACAUAGAAGCGGCCAUGGAGACCCAGCUGGAGUGGCUUGUGAGCAAGUUUGAUGACGGCAAGUAUGGCAACGGCGUGGCGCUGAUGGUGCUGGUGGUCACGGCCAUCGAUAUCCCGAACAUGGUCAGAGAGGGGGUGAUGUCUCAUUCAGGAAUACCACUGCAUGAAGGAGCCCUACUACCAGUUUGCUUUCCGAAUCAACCGACUCUUACGACCGAAGACCUGCCAGGGUUGAUCGGAUCUAAGUCCUCUAGGAAGGAAGGUUCGACUUCUGGAGCCGAGCAAUGGACCGGUGUCGAUCCGUGGGCCCCAGAGCUGGAGAUCCUGCAAAAUGAAGAGGUCGGGUGCUUCAUGACGCACUGCGGGUGGAGCUCGACAAUGGAUGCAAUCCAGUGCAAGAAGAGACUAGUGUGCUUCCCGGUGGCCGGGGACCAGUUUGUGAACUGCAAGUACAUUGUGGAGGUGUCGAAGAUUGAAGUGAGGAUCCGCGGAGAAAGAGAUUGA